UUGUGCCCUGGAUACAGCCAGCCAGAGUGAGCAGAGCGCCCGUCAGUGCAGCAAAGAACUGGACAGAUUGAAACAGGAAAUGGUCAUUUUGGAGAAUGCUAAAGAUUCUGCUCUCAAAGAAAAUAAGAGACUCCAAGACGACUUAGCAGCUAUCACCAAUGACCACUUGACUAAAGCGAGAGCGCUAGAAGUCUCCAAACGAGAGGUGGAGGAUCUGAAAAUGCAGCUCCAAGGAUAUGUCACCGAAGUACGCCAUAUUGAGGAUAUCCUCGAGCAAAAGGAGAAAGAGCGCUCAGACAUGUUGGACCACUUCAAGAGUUUGAGUGAGGAGGCAAGUGCCCCUGGAAUCGAACAACCACACCCUGGAGAGUCAGGCCAAGUCGAGCAAAUCUCUGUUGAGGGCCGCUGAGCAGGAGAUUCGCGAUCUCAAGAACCACAUCGAAGAUAAGGAUGCGCUGGUUGAGGGAUAUGAGAAACAGAUAUCUGAGUUGACAACGCACAUAGCUUGCCUAGAAAUGAAACUGGCCAAUGAGAGUGAGCAGAUCCAAAUGUUAGAGAGAGAGCUGACCGCUGUGAGAGAGCACUGCUCCAAACUGGACAACCAGAAGCAGGAGUUGGCGAGACAGGUGUCUGACCAAGAAACUAAUAAGAAAAAGGUUGAGAAAGAAUACCACAAAGUGCAAGCAAGACACGACGAUCUCGAGGAAGAAUUGAACAGAGAGCGAAAGAAUUCGGCAACAUUGGAGAAUGUUCUGGCUGCCACCCGUCAAGAAACUUUGGAGAAAAAGUUGAGCAACAAAGAACUUCGCCAGCAAGUUGAGAAACUUGAAGAAAAAGUCGCCGAACUUCAGAGAAAACUAAACCACGGCAACGACGCUCUGAGACAAUGCCAAGCUGACACGGCUGACUAUCACCAGCAGUUGGCCGAUUUGAGACGAGAAGUCACCAACGAACGAUUUGAGAGAGCUCGAGCUGACGAAAGAGCACAACAAACUGAACAAGAACUCAACAAAGUUUGUGAAGACCUGAAAUCUGCCAAUGAAGAGAUAGAGUGUCUUGAGAAGUGUGUUGCCAAAUUCAAGGAGAAGGUUGUUGAAGCUGAAAACGCUGUCAAUAAAAAGGAAUGCGACUGUGAAGAACUGAGUGAACAACUGAAAAAAUGUGAAGAGAAAAUACAGGCUCUGGCCAGUAAUGAAAAGUGUGCUGACAAACUGAAAACUAUACUCUAUGACACAGAAGAGCAGGUGAAGGAUUUGGAGAAUCAACUGGAGAAAGAGAGAAGGAAUUCGAUCAAGUCACUUGAGAAGAAUUGUGAAAUGGAAGAAAAGUUGCGGACUUCCUUCAAACAACUUGAGGACAGAAAUUCAUCGUUGAAGAAUGAGUUGAAUGCUGUCAAAACUCGACUGAACACUGUGAAAACUGACAAAGCCGAUUUGACUUCCAAACUGAACCUCAGCAACUCCUUGAAUGAAGAAUAUGAAGCGCAGAUUGAUAAACUUCAGCGAGAAUUAAAUUCUUUCCGUCUGAAACGAGCCUGCAGUCUUUACGAGCAGAAAGCAAUUGAAGAUAAAUUAUCAUCAGCUCAACAGUUGACUGAUAAACUGCAAAAGCAGAAGGAUUCAUUUCUGGAACAAAUAAAGGAGAUAGAUAACAGAAAUCACCAAGAUCUUGGCCCAACUACGGAUGACUCUGAAUCCGGAUUACAAUACAGAUCUGCUAGCAAAGUUCAAGACAUUUGUGCUGAAUUAGAGUCGGGUGAAUUGUGCGCACAAAGCUCUGAACAACCCGGAAAGAAGGACAGAAGCUCUGAACAAAAGCGUAGACUGGAGGCGAGAACAAAAAUUGAAGAUAUUUGUGCUGAGUUGGAAUUGGGAGAUUUGUGUUCGCAAAAUUCAGGACUGACUGAGAGGGAAAAUAGGAGUUUCUAUGAUGGACAAGGUAGAAGAAAUAGCAAUGUAUACUCGGGCGAUGAGGGAGACAGUAUUCUAGAAGGAAGAAAUUUGGCUGAUAAUGUUUCCUCUACUGAUCCUCGAGGCAUGGAGAAGGAAGAUCCAAAUUAUCCAUCUAAUGAGGACAUGGAGAACUUGCUGAAGAACGAGGAAGAAAUAAUUCGAGGCUACGAGGAUCAGAUUGAAGCCCUCAAGCAGCGUCUGAAGAGUUUGGAGUCUGAGAAGAAUGCUUCCAUUUACAAGAACUGUUACUGUUAUUGUACCAGUUUGCUUGAGGGCAGUUCUAAGGCACCUGUUCCCAAUCCGUCUACUGUUUCUCAAAUUGAAAAUGUCAUCAGCAAUCUUCACAUGCAACUGAAGGCUAAAGAUGAACUACUCAAAAGUUACACUGAUGAGAUAACAGAGCUUGCAAUAGAAGAUGUAGCACUAGCUCUUGAAGAACGGCAAAAUUUAGCAGAGUCAGCAAAAUCGAAGAAAUGCAAGCAGUGUUCUUCCCGGUCUGAUAUUGAAAGCACCCUCGAUAAUUAUGAGCAGUUCAUCUCCAACUUACCUCGAGACCCCGAUGAGUCAAAAAGUGAUCCUUGUUCACAGAUGAGAAAUCGUAGAAAUAGAAAGAUGUCUUCGCCGAAAACUGAUGGCAGAUCAGUUAGAAGCUGUGGCUGUCUCGAUUACAAUAACGAAUCAGAUGAAGAUACUUGAAAAAGCACAAGAUUUCCAUUGAAAAUGUGAAGAAAUUGCUGAGGUCUCUUCAGAACUUCCUGAAAUUCAGUAUUGACGUAGAACGAGAAGCUUCGAGGAUGAACUGACACGGAGCAUAUAAUUAUUCAAUAUCAUUAA